AUGGAAACCAUUGAGACCCAAUUGAAGACUAAAGUUUAUACACCAAGUCAUGUGGACUCUUGCAUAAUAUGUCUGAAUAAGUUUAUUAAUCAAGAGGAGAUUGCAAUUUUUCAAUGUGAGCAUGAGUUUCACGUUGAUUGCAUAACAAAGUGUCUUAUUUUGAGGAAUAGCUGCCCAAACUGCAAAUCAGAAGCCAUAACUUCUCAAGACAAGGAUGCAUAA